UCGGCCAUCUCCAGCACAAAGGCACUGAAAAACGGGUGUAAUUUUGGUGCAUAAGUGUCAGUGAUACCCGAAAAGUGCUUAUAGUGCUAAAUUCCGCGAGCCAAUUAUGGUUGUGUGCACAGCCACGAUGCCCCCGGAAACAAGACAGUUGCCCGCGAUGAAGAAGGAGCCCCCAAAACUGAUGGAUAACGCAGCGAAACCUGAACCUGGUGACCCCGUCGAUGGGGGAGAGGUCGACGAAUUUGAGCUGAUCAUUUCGUCCGAGGACGAGGAGUUCAAACUGCGCGCCCGCAUCCAGCAGCUGGAGGAGAACAACAAGGAUGUGGAGCGCAUGGACAUGCUAUCUGCCAAUCUGCAUCAAUACAAUUACCCAAAUCCUGAGCCUCGCUUGCCGUCCUAUCGACAAAAGUCUCCCUACCUAAUACUGUCGGAUGUGUCCAGCCAGUCGGAGGACGAGUUCGAGGCCCAGCGCAAGUAUCGAAAGCACAAGCUGCGACGCAUGGGUAAAAAGCAUCAUAUUUCGAUGUUUAGUGACUACCGCCGAAACCCCUUUGCCAGGCGCCAAAAACAGCCUUCACCACCACCUCCGGUGACCACACAGCGACGGCGUCAGAUCCAUCACCACCACCAACAGCCCAAUCAUCACCAGCACCGUCAUCAACAGCACUACACUAUUGACGAUUCCCUGGACAGUGUCACCGAAGGCGAACUGGGCGAGUACGAUAUGAACGAAGAUAACGAGGACGACGAGCUAGACUUGCAACGACUGAAACUGACCAGGGAUAAGCUGCGUCUGGCCUUGGCGCUGGAGGAUGGGCGGGAUUUCGUAAGUCAGUACAAGAACAGCCUGAGGGAGCGACUACAGUAUCGCAUGCACAAGUCACCCAGUCCUCCCCUCAGAAAGAAAUAUCCGCAAGAAGAGGAACUGCCUUUGCCGUCCCUGCAGCCACUCUCCGACGAAGGUGAGGAGGAACCCGAACCGGAGCAGCAGCAGGGCGAAGAUCCUGCGGAGCUGAAGCUGCGACUGAUAGCUCUGAAAUCUGCCAUAUUAAAAAAACAUUUGGCCCGAAAGAAGCGCGACGCGGAGCGAGCCUACUCGCCCACUGAUAUGAUUAAUAGAGUGCAUCCCUCCGUUCUCAAUGACGAUAUCGACGACCUCAUGGAGAUCAGUCCGGCAGCGUCGCCAGAACGAAAGCCAAGUGCGCCCAGGUUCUCAACGGACUAUGCCGUGGACACAAAACCAGUGGACAUGGAGCUGGCCGAAACAGACAGCGAUGAUCAGCAUAAGGAAGUGUGGUUUCCAUGGUCGAACAACUGGAACUCCAUGGAAGACGCAGGCGGCAGUUGGCGCUGCUUUUACCCCAACAACUUGCCGCCCGUUUCGAUGCCCAUUGUCAUAGAUGACGAAAAUGAGGAAGAUUUAAGAAUGGCUGAUCGUAUAGGGGGAGAGAAUAGGAAUUACCUAGACGACGACGACGACGAAAUACCGCCGCCACCGCCACCGUUUCACAUUCCACAAAUGCAUCUGGAGGAUGAGGAUGCCAGAGAUGCCCUGCAUCUGGUCGAUCAUCAUUCCAAUCACAGUUCUAUUACGGAGAUGCAGACGGUUUCCAUGGAAAACUCGCAAUCACAUAUGAAGAGUCUGGAUCAAUCCCAGCCAGAUUCGAGUGAAGACGAGGCGGGAGCAUUACGAGCUAUUUUGCUAUCUAAUUUACGCUCGUGCAAGCCACCACCACCUCCUCCAACGGUUCCGGUUCCAGCUGCCCCUGUGGUGGCUCCUGCGCUUGAUCUUGUACCUGAUCCUUAUCCGUCCCCUGUUUCCACUUCUGUGCCUGCUCGUGAGCCUCGUCCAGUGGCUCUACUUAAAGAGGAAUCAAACCAGGAAAAUGACUCAGAUGACCCAGAGGAGUUGCGUUUAUUGCUCCUUUCUAGCAUUGCUGGUAAAAAGCGGGAUAGAGGUUCCAAAUCGAAAUCAGCUGUAAGUCCGGAGAUACUCAAGAAUGCUGUGAGGCGCUUCCAAUCCACGGAAUUGUCAAUAAAAUAUGAGGAUCAGUCACAGGAUCAGCAGCCUAUUCAGGAAGAUAGAACUAAACUAGAAGAGAGUACAACGCAAGAAGAGCAAAAACUAGAAAUUAGAACUAAAUUUGAAGAGACUACUAAGUUCGAUGCAGAAAAAGAGAUAAUAAAUGAGACUGCUGUGGAGUCCAUUCAAUUGGAAGGUGAAGCCACUCGCAAGGAAUCCGUUGAGCCCCCACAGCCAGGUACAAAACUUGCCGUACAGGCCAAGAAGCCGACGUCACCCUGCACUAAAAUCAUAAAAAUUAUCAAGCCCAACAAGGUGAUCAACAAAAAGGCAACGACCAAGCGGAAAUUACCAAUUAAUGAGAUAUCUGGCUCAGGUUUGAGUGUUAAGCGGCCAACCACGCUAAUGAUCAAGGAGCCCAGCGCUCCACUGCAUAGUAGGACCGUGAUCACAUCCAGCACUCGCCUCAUUACCACCGUAGAUCCAGCCAGCAUUAAGGUUAAUAAGCUUAUCAUCAGCUUAGCAGAGGAGUCUGCCGCUAGUGAUGAUGAGUUGGAGAUGAGUUCGAGCUUUGCUUAUGCCAAUACAGACAUUGCCAGCCCCCUAAGUCUGGCGAUGGGCAGCUUUAGUGGCUCCACCACCAGAUCAAAUACUCCCAUAUCAGAGAUUGUGGAAAGUGCCUCCAAUGCCAACAACAAUCUUAGGCGAACUGUGAUUAACGAAUACUUUGAAAAGAAAAUCGAUGAUUUUCUAAAGCAAGCUAGAUCCAAGGCUCCAGUAACUAACUCACCAGAGGCGGCACCAGAAAAUGUUCUUGAAAAGCCCAAGGUUGAAGAGAAGCAAGCGACAAUUAUAACUACUCCUAAGGCACAGCCGGCUAAAACAACCCCAGUGGCUGUUCGUCAUCUACCAGUAGCAUCCCAGAAGGAAUACCUCCGUUUGAUCGAGCGUAUGCAAAUGCUAGAACAGAAGAAGGUCCGGACAGCCAACCCCGUUGCUCCUGCAGCCAAAAGUAAAGCGCCCACUGUGGAAAAGCCAUCGCCCAAAAACAUUUCGACGCCAAUCACGGCGAAGGUUAUGCACAAUCCAGCAAGUGCAGCAAGUUCCGCCAUCACCAUUAAAGCUACCUCAGGAGUUGAGAAAGCGCAAGUCAAAAAUGCGGUCUCAAAAUCACCAAAAACAAAAGCCAAGCUGAGUCAGCCGUCCAAGGAGAGUCGACUGAAGGCCUUUGAGAAUUCAUUUAUCAAGAUUGGGGGAAGCAUGCUGGUUAAUCUCGACAAAUCGCUGGAAAUGGUCGAAGAGGCCAAAAAGUCGAAGGCCAUACGUUUGCGAGGCUCACAGCGUCUCAAAGAACUAUACGCCGAAAUGCAAACCGUUAAGCAGGCAGUCAAGCAGGAGGAACUUAAGCUGGCAAGGAUUCAGCCAGAGAUCCAGGCCAGCCAUGAGAUCAUCAUAUCACUCAAUCAGAAACGGCACAAGCUCUAUACGGCGGCUAUGGACUUGGGCCGUGGAUUAAGGGGCGCUGACUACAGGUUACUCGACGAGGGCAAGGUGGCCAUAACCAGCAAAACUACGCAGCUCACCAAAGAGAUACGUCUUUACAAUUCCAUAGUGAAGUUCGAAGACCUUAAAAAGUUGACUGAUGCGAAGGAGAGUCAAAAAAAUACUGUGAUUGAAAUGGAAUCGACGACGAAUCCACCGGAGGCGCCAAGAGAAACAAAGGAGCCGAAUCCCCAGGAACCCGCAGUCUCAGAAGCUACUCAACCUGCCACAGGUGCUGCGAUCGGUGAACCAACCGAAGCGGAGACAGCGCCUGCGAUCGGAAGCCAACCUGAGAAGGAGACUGAGACUCCAGAUGAUCAGGCGGUGGAUAGACCAAACGAAGUUCCCAUCAUAACCUCAUCACCCUAUACGGUUACCACAAUGCGGGAGCUGCGCGAGGAGACGGGCAACGAGCUUCGUGGAAAAAGCUAUUUAAGCGCCUACCAAACGCCAAUGUCCAGGAACUACAAUAGCACCCUCGAUGUCCACGCCACCAUCUGCCCCUUCGACCUGAUGGGUCGCUGCGAGGAUGCGGACUGCUCCUACCUGCAUUUAGCCCGCCCCGACUUUUAAAACGAGCUGCCAAAGACAAACCUCUCUCUCAAUAACUAACAAAACCCACUAAAACACAAAAAAGUAUACAUAAUCCGAAAAAACAUUUAAUAGCGUGCUUGAAUUCUGGUAAGUUGAACUCUUCACGCGACCUAAUAUUUAAAUGUUGCUUUCAGUCAACGUUAAAAAGAAAGAAACCCACAAAUCAAAUGCCCAGCAGACGAAGAGAAGCAGCCGCCGAUGCAGCGAGUGCAAAACCAUAAAAACAGAAAAAGAAAAAAAAACAAUCGUUACUAGAUUGUAUCUUGUUUGUUAUAUACAUUUAUAUCUAUCGUGUAGUGAAAGUUCUUCGUUCGCCGACGCUCAAAGACGAUCUUUCGGGCUAAAGUUUGAACGGAAGUGCAUCCUAACUUUCGCUUAUCAUUUUGUAAUUUAUUAUUUUUUUAAGCGAUCUUCACACAAACUUGCCAUAAAUGAAUGCAAGUAACUAGAACUGCAUAAAUCGAUGAUUUCUAAACGCGAAGCCUAUAAACACU